CGGUCCUGUUGCUCCAUGUCUCCACCCGUAGAUCCAGUUUGAACAAAGCUCUUUUUGUUCGAACACCAGCAGAACUAACACACAAUAAAUAAUAACAAAAAUGUUAAGACGAGUAAAACAAUCAUCACCAUUCACAAUUAUUAUACGUUUAUUUAUAGGGUUGAUAUUGUUAAUUUUCAUAUUCAAUAUCUACAGUAGAGGUAUCUUAGAACACCAACAAAACCUCAAUCCCCAAUUCCCCUCAUUACACCCAUCUCGUUUUCAACCGUUGGCAGGUGAAAAACUACUUCAGGAAGCUCCUAAUAAUAAUAAUACUAAUAAUAAUAGUUUAUAUUCAUGUGUAAAACCUACUUCUAAAUAUAUACAGCAAGCUUUUAACGGUGGGGAUCGUUAUAUUACUGUAAGAAGCAACGGCGGUUUGAAUCAAAUGCGUACUGGUAUUGCUGAUAUGGUAGCGGUUGCGCGCAUAAUGAAUGCAACUCUUGUAAUUCCCGAGCUUGAUAAACGCUCAUUCUGGCAAGACAAAAGUAUAUUUUCAGAUAUCUUUGAUGAAGACUAUUUCAUUGAUAGCUUGAAACGGGAUGUGAGAAUCAUAAAGAAGCUUCCUCAGGAGUUGGUCUCAAUUCCUCGAGCAAGGAAGCACUUCACGUCAUGGGGCGGUUUAGGUUACUAUGAGGAGAUGACCAAAUUAUGGGAGGAUUAUCAGGUGAUUCAUGUCGCAAAAUCAGAUUCGCGACUAGCAAACAAUGAUCUACCACUUGAUAUCCAGAGAUUACGCUGUCGUGCUCUUUAUCAGGCUCUUCGAUUUUCGCCUUCUAUUGAAACCCUAGGAAAGAAGCUAGUUGAUCGGCUCAAAUCGCACGGUGGAAGGUAUAUAUCUCUUCAUCUGAGAUAUGAGAAAGAUAUGCUGGCUUUCUCUGGUUGUACAUAUGGCCUAUCUGAGGCAGAAUCUGAAGAGCUCAGAUUGCUAAGGGAGAACACAAAUCACUGGAAAAUAAAGAAAAUAAAUUCAACAGAGCAGAGAGUUGGCGGUUUAUGUCCAUUAACUCCUAAGGAGGUUGGAAUUUUUCUUCAGGCACUUGGUUAUCCUCCAUCAACAGCUGUAUACAUUGCUGCUGGGGAAAUUUAUGGUGGUAAAGUUCAUCUUUCCGAACUCACCUCUCGUUUCCCGAAUGUAUUAUUCAAGGAAAUGAUAGCAACUGAAGAAGAGCUGAGAAUAUACUCAAACCACGCAUCUCAAACUGCAGCACUUGAUUAUAUCAUCUCUUUAGAGAGUGAUGUAUUUAUACCUACACAUUCGGGUAACAUGGCAAGAGCCGUUGAAGGUCAUCGCAGAUUUCUAGGCCAUCGGAAGACUAUUAAUCCUGACAGGAAAGGCCUUGUGGAAUUAUUUGAUAAGUUGGAGAAUGGACAACUAAUGGAAGGACCAUCAAUGCAACAACUUGUUCAGCACUUGCAUGAGAAAAGGCAAGGAGCUCCAAGAAAAAGAGAGGGUGCACCAGAUGGAAUCAAAGGACGAGCACGGUUUAAGGCUGAAGAAUCGUUUUACCAAAAUCCAUAUCCUGAAUGCAUAUGCAGUUCUAAGCACAAACACGGAUAACAUUACUGCAAUCUCAGUAUGCAGUUCUCACUUGACACAUACUACACUGUAAAUGUGUGAUGAUAGAUAUGAGGUAAAGAGCAACAGUUCCUAGAAUUGAUACUUGGAUAGCAAUAGCAAGCAUUUGUAAUGGGGCAUUAAUAUUUUUGUAUUGUUUUUGCCAAUUUCAAUUCAUUAAGUAUGACUAGCAAAAAAACAAGAAAUACCCUCUUCCAUGGCAUGUUCUGUCUUUAUGUCAUGUUUUGUAACUGGCGCCUCUGCUACCUUAGAUUUUUAUUACAUUCUGGUAUUCCUUUA